CUGCAAUAUGGAAAGAUAUUAGUCAUAUUUUAACGGCUUUAGUGCCCAUAGGAAUAUUAAUUUCAGCGCUAAAACCAAAUGUACUACGGGUUGACUCAAAUUCGACUAAUAUGAGACCUACUAUAAUGCCCACAAUGAUGCCACUGCGAUACAGAUACAUUGAACAGUUCGUCAAUAGUUUCAAAAAUGAAAAUUUCGAAAAAGAUUUUACAAAAUCUUUCAAAAAUAAAUCUGCGUGCGAGUUGUAUGAGCUCUGUAUCUUGGCCACAAGCGAUUCCGAUACCAAAUUUGAUGACGGCCAAAAAAUAAUUUACAGACAAUUGCUCAGGGCUGUGAAAAGUACUCCUGUACAGACUUUAGAGAUGUUGGGUCUAAAAGAACUUUUCGAUACCAUCAAAAACAACAGUUGUAAUAAAUACCAGUGCAAUCAGUAUCAGAUAAAUAAGAGUUAAAAUAAAAGAUGGCAAG